ACAGUGUGUAGUGGAAACUUUUGAUGAAAAGGGUCAAUCUUCCCGAAGUUUCUUGUUCUGAUUUGCCAUCCAAGAAGAAGUACAACAGCUUCCCUGAAAAAUUAAUGGCCAGGAUCAUGGAAAUGGAAUGCUGACAUCACAGCAUCACCAGAGAAACAGCUACCGGUUGUUCUAAGCAUCUUUCAAAUCUAGUCAACAGCCUAAGCUCUUAAGUGACCAGUAGAUGUGCUUCGUUCUGCUUAACAGAAAUAAAUCUUCAGAGUCUGAGAUAAGCCUUACUUCAAACAAAGAUGUCAACAGAGAAUACUACAGAGGUGGUUAAGUAUCUGGACAAGAGUCAGGAUCAAUUUUUCUUGCCUGCAAUUCCUAAUGCUUCUGGAAGCAGAGUGAAUUCUCUUGAAGAUCGAAUGUCCAAUCAGGAGAGGACCACUGCUGUCCUUCUGGAUCAGGCCUUUCGAAUAAAAGAUGGCAUUGUUUCUUACCUUCAGGGAAAUAAAGGCUUUCAGCAAGGAGAGGCAGUAGCACUCCAGCUACUGGAGAACCACAUACAGACUAUCACAAGCAUAGUUAAAAAGCUCAGCCAUGACAUUGAGAUGCUGGAGAGGCAAAUAAAAACAAGAGAUGAUGUCACAUCAGGAACAAAUUUUGCUGUGCAAAGCAUGGAUCAUAAACAUCUGCAAGGAGUUGGGGAUCUACGUGGAAGAGUAGCCAGAUGUGAUGCCAGCAUUGCAAAACUCUCUGGAGAUACAAAUAUAAUCAGAUAUGAGAUUCAAAAACAAGAAAGAGAAAUUCAUGCCAUUCAGUCUACCCUGGAAAAUUAUACUAACAACAUCGAGAUGAAGGUAAUGCAGCUAUUAGGCAAGAUAGAGACUUCAAACUCAGAGCAAAACUCAAAUUUAAAGACAGUGCAGGGAGAUCAUCACCAUGAAUUGCAGCUCCUGGAUCUCAAGAUAAAUGGUCUUUUAAAUGACCUUAAGGAUCAAAUUCAAAGCCAACGAAAAUGGACAGAAAAUGAAGUAAGAAGAUUUGAACAAGACCAAACCUAUCUCACAAAUCAGCUUCUUGGCACAAUGAAAGACAAACUGGAAGCAGUGGAAAAGAAAACGGAAGAUGGUUUUCAUUACUUAUCCAAAAGGAUAGAAAACUCUGAUAAAACAGUGCGAUUCGAAACAGACCUGAGUCACGUGAAAAAUGAUCAAAGUAAACUCCAUGCAAGAAUUAUUAGAUUUGAAAAAACAAUGUGGAACGAACUUGAGGAAAUCCAAAGUGAAUAUAGAGCAGGAUUUCAAUCCAUUCGUGAUUCUUUUGAUGCAUUGAAACAAAUACAGACAACGAAGCUAAAGUUAGAAAAGGAGAAGUUCAAACAAGACAUGAAGAAGAUAAGACGAAAAAUAACUGCACUCCAAGAAGACUGACACCUUUAGCAUCUACAGUUAUUCCAGACUGAAAAAUUACUAUGAAGAUUGAUGCAAACAAAAACGUUCAAUUCUCGAACAUCAAGCUUGUUUGAUUUGUAUCCACAAGACAUUGGUAAACAUAACAGUGUUACAAUAGGCCCCAAAAGAUCCAAAUGAAAAAUCUCCCUGAACAAUACUUACACAUUACAGUUUAUAUUUUACACAAAAUAAAAUUAAUCCACUAAUGA